AUUGCUUUUACUACAGUCUGCCGGUUACAAUGGCCGACGAAUACGAUGCAGACUUUGAGGAGCCUCCUUUUGACAAGAGGGUAGAGCAUCUGCAGGAUGACUCCUUGUCGGACUUUCCGGUCCACGAAGCGUACCGAAGAAAGAGCCAACAGCAACCACCAGGCAAUAUUGUCUUCUCACGAGCACCCAAAGGCUCCCAUGGUCCCACAGAAAGGUCCCCGGCCGCCAAACAGGGACGGCAAGUAGGCUCUGCCGGAAAAAAAAUGCCACCUUUUAAAAAAUCUAAUAGCAGUAUUGUACGAGGUUCCACAGUAGCUCGGAAACACAGCAAGUCAACAUCCAUAUUUCCGCCAUACUCAAGUCGUCCCCGACCUGCCGGAAUUAAUCCUGCGUCUUUAGCGGCAGCCGCAAACUUUGAUGAAAUUGCACGGUUAGUGGGGAUCAUAGAUGAACAAAAGGUCCAGAUCGCGAAACUCUAUGAAGAACGCCGAACGAUGAAGAUCGUGAACCACCGCCAAGAUAAAGCUAUUCAGCAGAUGGGAAAAGAGCAGGGUGAUUUACCAGCGCUUGUCAGGUCAUUAAACGAUGAGUUGCGCGUGCUGAAGACAGAGCGACUGCGUGACAAAGAGCGCCUGGGACACAUCGAACGCAACGCGCAGGCACAGGUUGCAGAAAACGUUCGCUUACAGACGCUUGUGCACACAAUGCAAGCUACGAUCAAGAAUAGGAAAUUGGAAAACAGUGAUAAACUGAAGGACGAGAUUGAAAGGCUGAGAAAAGAUGUAGUAAACCGCGACCAUACUAUUGCGGAGCUCGAAAAGACUUUGAAGCACACACAAGGUGCAAAAAGCGGUGAUCUGCGAGAGGCAAACAAGAAAAUCCUUUUGUUGCAGACGGAAUUGGAGGAACUCCGUGAAAAGUAUCAGACGAAUGUGCAUAAAUUGCAGGAUCGUGAGCGUGAGAAUGCUGCAUUGUCGAUCUACGCGCAAGCGGGUGCCCGACAAAGGCGGAAGCCGAGUCAUAGUGAUAACUAUGAGACGAAAGCUCAGCACGAGUGGACCGAAGAAAAAAGUCAUCCCAAAACCCUCCAGCGCCCAGCAGCUGUGCAUAAAACUGUUCCUACUGUCCGGCAGAGCCUUGAUGGCCGAAUUGGAAAGAAACACAAAGCUAGAGCUGACACGCGGUCCCUCUCUCCCAGUCACCUAAAAACGACAGCGAGGACAAAUAAUGCUCGAGUAGUGGAUAAACCUCAGCAGGAAUCUCAUGCUUCAGUUCCGGAAAAACAAAAGGACCUGGAUCUCAGUACUGGCGGGAAUUACGAGGAGGAGAUCAGCGGAAUAGUAGAAGAAUCUGCACAAAGCGGGGAAGAAAAGUCGGAAGGCAUUCUUGAUAUGGCAUUUCAGUCUGCGAAACCCGUCAACAAACAUCUGACCUUGGGGAAGAAAUCAACACUUCCGGCAAGUCCAGAUGUGGAUGCACCACCUUCAGUUGCCAAUCAAGACACCUACCAGGAAGGAAAUCUCCCUAGCGCAUUGUCAAAACCGAGCUUGCAGGCCAAGUCUCAUAUCGCACAGUCCAGUAUUCACAAACCUAAUCUUUUUGCGCCUGUACCAACCUCAAAACCCACUGCCUCGAUGGAGCCUCAACAAGACCCAUUAUCAAUGAACGCAAAGAAAUCUUAUGAAGCAACAUUGAAACCGCCACAACACACUAGUCACGAAGUUAUGCAAGAUGGCACUCCGUCUGCAACCAAUAUUCCCGCGGCCAAGCAGGACCUCCCGAGUUCCGGCUCAGUGAGGAGUUCAAAUACGUUCCUGACCACACUGCCAGAUCUUGCUGAUAAACAGCACCCAGAGAUGGAGUUGGCGAAACCGUCCAGUCAUGUACAACCUUCCGACGUCACGACCUCAAAGAUCUCACACACUACAACACCUGCGAAAUCACACAAAUUGGACUUUUUGACGAAACCCUCGUCGCAAAAUAAUAUUUCAGGGAAUUUUUCCACUACGUCGUCAACCGAAAAGUUAAACGGCGGGUACUUGCCAAACUUUGCAGAAUCUAGAAGCGGACGUGGGCGUGGAAGUCAGCGAGAUGUUUCAUUAGCAGAAAAUGCUGGUUCACAUUUAGCUAGUUCAUCAUCACUUGGAGGGGAGAAGCCCAACGCAACUCCCCUUUGGUUGAGAUGAUGAGAAAAAAAGUUACUUGUAUAUACGCUGGAACUAAAUCGGGAUGCCAUCUGGUAACCUUUUCUGUAUCCAUUACUUGUGUCUUUGGCAGGAAUACAUAAUUGAACUGUACAGCGACUUGC